AUGGCUAUGGACCCAGGUGGUCAUAAGACGGAUGAAGUACGAUCGAAAGUCUGCGAAAAAGACUUAGAAGAGAACAUCUCGAAGGGAAAGAACAGCGAACAAUUAUUCGAAGACAAAGGUAAUAUUGAUAAGUCCAUUGUAAUCAAUACAGAAGACGAUACGGGGAGUACUCGAAGCGUAGAUGCAGAAGAACAACAGGCACGAAUAUGCACAAGAAAGGGCGUACAAGUAAACUUAGAAAAUGCACGAAAAAAGACGAAAAAGUCAGGUAUGGUUGUAGAAUCUCGUAUAAAUCGUAUAGAUGAAUUACUUAGAGAACAGUGUUGUGAUAUUGUGAAGCUCACUGCUAGUAAAGAUGGUCUACAAAUGGAUAUGGAUGACUUUAAGCAAUUUAAUGAAGAGUUAUCGGAUUUGUUAUUAUUGUCUUUGAGUGAUUAUAAUUCUAACAUUGAGGAUCAAGUGUAUUUUGAGGGUAUUCGUGAGAAGUACUUAGAGUGCUGUGCUGAUGUUAAAACUAGAAUAGGUGAUUUAACACAAGAGAGAUUGGAGAUGCUUUCGCAGAAAACUUCGAACAGUGUUAAAAGUCGAAUGUCGAGAUUAUCAAGGGCUUCAUCUGUGUCGUCUAAACAAGCCGCUGCGAAUGCUGCAGCAUUAAAGGAGAAAAUGUUCAGUCUUAAAAGGAAACAAAAUAUCGAAAGACAGCAAGAAGAGCUUAAACAUCAUCAAAGAGAACUAGAAUGGCAAGUGGAACAAGAACAAUUACAAGGUGAGAUCAAUGCUGCAGAAGUUUUACAUCAAGCACUUUUGGGAGAUACCAUGUUGCUAAGUAGUAAUACCCAAACCUACAUCUAA